CCCGAAAUUCCCCACCAUAUACCAGCCUCCAAUCGACCAAUCGCCAAAGCUUCCAAACCCCCUUUCCCAAAACCGUCGGAAACCUAGCCUCGGCCCUCUCCGGUGGCACUCCGGCGACCUGGACUCCUCGCCAUCCUCCCUUCGUCCCUCGGCCAUCUCCACCGCACGCCGGAGACCCCGCUCUCCGAGCCACUUCUCUCGUCGUCUCUCCCCGCUGGCUUCUGAUGGGAUGUUCUUCUCGCGUUCACACCUCUGAAGGCUUAUCGCUGCCCAGUGCUGCUAGUCAGUUAUACCUUAAAUCAUGGAUGGCCCAAAUAGAGAUGAUCAUGAAGGAGCGACCGUUGUGGGAUUCGAAGUUCCAAGAUCACCAGAUUCAAGCUACAACAACCCCAUUCCAGGAAAUGAAGAUGUAGCUACGGAGCCACCAGUGGUCCCACCUCAUUUGCAGCAUUCCUUGCUGCGCUUUCCGCCAAGUCAAGAUGAUUCUAGCAGUCUCCCAUUGCCUCAGAAUGUUAUUCUUAACCACCUCUACAUAGAGAACCGAGAGAGCCCGAGAUCAGUUGUAGCUCUGGCGAUCACCCAUCGUUUCCGUUCAAAAUAUGUUACAGUUGUGCUCUAUAAGCCCGUCCAGAGGUGAAUCUGAUGAUUGGUCAUUCAUAGUUAUUUUAUGGGUUUGGUUAAAUUACCGAGGAAAUUUGACAGCACUCUUGGGUUUUGUGGCCAAACUGCAAAUGCAGAUCCAUUGCGAUUGGCCAUUAGUUUAGAACGGAACAAUCGUUAUUUAUUUGGCCUUUUGGGCUUCAGAUGAUGUUGGGGUUCGUUUCUCUGGAGUUCUGUAAGUCUAUAUGGGUGUUUUCGCUGAGUUAUUCAUGGGUAUGGACUAAAUCAAUAUUGUUACUGUAGUCUAUGUUUUGAAUGGGCUGUGUUCUUUUGUUCUGCGAUCUGAUUUGGACCUGAAA